UCUGAAUGUUCACCUCCACAGACGUUUAUGAUGCUGCCUCUUCAAUUGGUCGUGAUUGCCAGCUGAUUGUUGGAGAAUAUGGCCCGGAUAUAUUGCAAGAUCUCAUGCCUAAUGUUAUCGCGGUUUUAGAAGAGCUGGAAGCAUGUGCACUUUAUUCUGAACACGAGCAAGAGGAAGUGAUUCGUUUGCAAGGUGUACUCGAGGCAUUACGCCUGGAUUGCCAACACCAAGCUGAUUCAAAGGAAAGGUCAGAUAGGAAUCUGGAGCAAUUAGAACAAAGUUGGUACUGUGAAACACAGCAUCUGCUGGAACAAGUGACUGAACUGGAGGCAGAAAACAAUAGUCUCGCCCAACAGCUUACAUCGGAGUUUCGAACGACGCCUGAUUGGGUGGAGGAAACGGAAGAGGCGGACUCAGCGAAAACUUCAGUGAGCUUAGUACUUAAAGCCGCUGCUGCUGGUCGCCCUUGUGAUUUGCCUCGAAAACUCCCAGCAGUAACCGCCAAGAAAUCAGGCUCGAUUCAGAACGUGCGUGACGAACAGGCAGACAGUAACAUCUCGCUUAUUCUCUCCGAAACUGAACAACGCUUGCAGCUUACUGAACAAGAAAAUCGGACGGCGGACUUGCAGCUGAUUGGUCGCUUGAAGGAAUGUGUUGCGACUAACUACCGUGCUAUUCGUUCACUCAACAAGGAACUACUUCAGACCAGCGCUGCUUUGGAUGCCGCUGAAGAGGAAGUAUGUCGUCUGGCCAGACAAAGCGGACAGUUGGUUGUUUCCCGCGCACCACACAGGCGUCAAAUCGGUCAGUUGGUUGGAGAAAAGGCUAUCCUCGAGACGAAGCUGCGAAUGAAGGAACGAGAAUUGAUGGAGUUGAAUCAGCGGCUUCCGACAGAUGACGAGAUUUUGAUUCGAGAACCCGAUCAGGCCGAGAAACAGUCUGAAGAUGAAUCUCGUGGACAUGUUCAGAACACGGGGAAGCUGAUGGUCUCACCAACCUCAGCUCUACCGCCUGCCCUUCACCUAUCCCCUAAUCAAGGAGUUGAAUCUGCCAUGUGCGUUAAAGAUGCUUUCUCGCCAGCAUCUUGGGACGUGGGGCAAGAUAAGCUCACGUCAGAUGCUGAUGGUCUGGUCACACUGGAAGAAUUACGUCACCUGCUAUACGAGCGGAAUGAGCUUCGUUGCCGCCUAAUUGAGUUGGAGCAGGAGUUAGAGAUACUGGAACUGGAAAACGCAAAGGAUCCGGAAGUUGAGGGACCUAUGCCCUUGGAACCGUUGGAUAAACUACGCCCAGGCUGGAAUGCAAAGCCUAAUAUUAAAACCAUUUUCCGUCAACUGCUUCGUCGUCUGACGGACACUCCCACAGGAUCGACCUAGUCGCAAUCCACAAACCACAACCAACAUUUCCGCAUUUCUCUUUGGAACCCAUCAGUUUUCACACCAGACUCUUUUUGUUGGAAUGUUUCGCUUAUAUACCCAUCGUCUGUGAUAUAUUGAUUACUUCAUUCCUCAGAAAUCUUUUCCUCCACAUCAACAAGUCCAUUCCUACAACUACUGCGAAUCUCCGGAGACUUGUCUGCACCGCGCCAUUUUGCAUUUUACUCACGAAUUUCUGUCCUGUGAUAUUUGUUUGUUGUUACUAUUGUUGAUUGUCGGUCAACAUUCCAUUUAUUUUGUUCUUCC